CCUCACCCCGUGUCAGGGACGCAGCCUAAUCUUUUUCCUUCGGAACACAGUAUUGUCCCCAGAAAAACACCCCAAUGACACGGCAAAUUUAAAUUCCGAAGGACAUCUCGGAUUCCUCGUCAGCCUGAAUCCAACUUUUGGGUCCCGCUUCGCCCUCCCUCCCCCGCUGGCAGCUCGUUGCCAUGGAGAACUCGUCAGUGGCGUCCGCGUCGUCGGAGGCCGGCAGCACGCGCUCCCAGGAGAUCGAGGAGCUGGAGCGCUUCAUCGACUCCUACGUGCUGGAGUACCAGGUGCAGGGCCUGCUGGGUGACAAGGGCGAGGCGGUCACGGACGGGGACAAGACACAGUCCCAUGUGUCCCAGUGGACAGAGGACUGCAGUGAUAAGAUAGAUGGCAGCUGGUCAUCCUCGCGGGGGAGAGCUUCAUCCAAACCAGACGAGUGGGAGCACAGCAGUAAUGGGAGCACCGGGUCGAGGCCCAGCUCUGGCUCAAGGCCGGGCUCUGGCUCCAGGUCAGGGAGUCGGGGUCGGAAUAACCAGUUUAGAGCUCCAGCCAAGAACGGAAACCGAGAGGGCUCACUGGACAUCUUGGGCACAGACAUCUGGGCUGCCAACACUCUGGACGGUGGAGCCACAUGGGAUCUUCAGCCCGAGAAGUUGGAUUUCUCUCAGUUUCACAGGAAGCCGUACCGAGGGACACCAAAGCACCUCCCACACAUCGAUCGUGAGGGGAUGAUGAAGGGCAAGUUGGAUGAUGAUGAUGGCAUUGACCUGACUGAGAUGGAGAAGUUUCUGCCUGGUUUAAGAGCCUUUCCUCCUCUGCCUAAUGAAGCUGAGAUCGCACACACCAAAAAGCUCUUCAGAAGACGACGCAACGACAGGCGAAACGUUCAUCAGGACCAGUUAACGGUGUUGCUGUCUGCCCAGGGGAAACGGCAAGUGACCAGGAGACAGCAGCGGACGCCCACCGGCGGCGGAGGGAAGGCCCAGAAUCCUCAGCAACAGCAGCAGCAGUCACCUCAACAACAAAACACUCAGCAGCAUCAGCAACAACAGCAGCAGCCAACGCCCCAGCAGCAGAGCCAGCCCCAGGGCAGCGAUGCGCAGGGUGGCAAUGCCAAGCCCAGCGGCCGCCCGUACCAGGGCCAGGGCCAGGGCCAGCGCCCGCACCACGGCUACAGCCAGAACCGCCGCUGGCACCACCCCCAGAAACACCAAGGCAACGCGCCUCAGGGAGCCUCGCCCAGCCACAAGGGGGCGCCCCGUAAUGCCAAAGACUGUGAGAAUGUAAGGGCCGAGGAGGAGGGUGCGGAGCGAGAGCGGGGCCCCAGGGAGCAGGGCUCCCACAAGGAGGCCCCGGCCGAGGGGCCCCGCGUCAGCCUGCUGCAGUCCUCCAAGGAGCGGCUGAGGAGGAGGCUCAAGGAGAAGGAGGAGGUGCCGGUGCUGCCCUCCGCGCCCCAGCGCAGUCGCAUGGACCGUCUGCAGGAGCUGCUCAACAGCAUGCGCAACAACAGCAGCGGCGUGGACGGCCAGCUCAGCUCCUUCAUGGAGGAGGCGCAGAACUCGGCCAGCUCCGAGGAGAUGCUGGAGGAGAUCGUGCGCACCAUCUACCAGAAGGCCGUCACGGACCGCAGCUUCGCCGCCAUGGCCGCCAAGCUCUGCGACAAGAUGGCGCUCUUCAUGGUGGAGGGCACCAAGUUCCGCUCCCUGCUCCUCAACAUGCUCCAGAAGGACUUCACGCGGCGAGAGGCGCUGCAGCAGAGUGACGUGGAGAGCUGGCUGGGCUUCAUCACCUUCCUGUGUGAGGUGUUUGGGACCAUGAGGAGCAGCGCAGGAGAGCCCUUCAGGGUGCUGGUGUGCCCCAUCUACACCUGCCUCAGGGAGUUGCUGGAGUCACCAGAGGUGAAGGAAGAUGCCGUUCUCUGCUGUUCCAUGGAGCUGCAGAGUACGGGUGGUCUGCUGGAGGAGCAGCUGCCUGAGAUGAUGACGGAGCUGCUGGCGGCGGUGCGGGACAAGAUGCUGUGUCCGUCCGAGUCGCAGCUGACCCGCUCGCUGCUCAUGGAGGUCAUCGAGCUGCACGCCCACCGCUGGACUCCACUGGAGGCGCUGACCACGCAGUACUACAACAGAACCAUCCAGAAGCUCACCGCAUGACCUCCGCCACACACCUGCCCCCAGCAGCCCCCCCAAACACACACACACACACACACACACACACACACACACACAGCGCCACUACAGGACGGGACAGGAGCAGAGCUGAGGUUGUGUGCGAUGGCAUUAAGGUUUGAGAUGAAUGGUGAAUGGAGGGAUAUGGGAUACACUCACACACACACACACACACACACACACACACACACCAUGCAUACUAAUCAACUGGUGUCUCCCUGCUCUGUGGCCAGCACCAGACUGGCUGAUUCCGAGGCUCCCCAGCUGACUUUUGUGUGUCCACGGCGCUCCACUGUGCUGUGAGCUAACUGUGAGGGCGUGUGUCAGAGCAGUGAGAGGAUGGCUGGACAAAAGGGAGCACGUGGGGGAGAGCGAGGGAGUGAGCGAGAGAGAAAGGAGAGAAAAGAAGAGAAAAAAAGAGUGAAGGCAGAGGCAGACAGAGGGGCACAGCGGCAGGCCUCUCCGAAAGGCAGGGGCUUCCAGGGGGAAUGUCUAACCCGCCUUUGUGUUCGUGUGCCAACCUCCCUCCCUCCCUCCCUCUCUCUCUCCCUCUUUUCUCUCUCUGCCCUCUCCUGGCUGCCCCCAGACAGGGGGCGAGUAGAGUCCAGUGUAUGAACACACACACACACACACACACACACACAGGACAAGAUGAGGUUCCCUCUGUCUCGCCCUUUGUGUGUUUCCCACCCUGGCCCUCUGUCACUACUGCCUGGGGGUAGCAGAUGGUUUCUGGAGCCUUACACCCACCCCCCAACACACACACACACACACACAUACACACACACAUACAUAAACAUGCAGACACACACACACCCUAUGUCCCAGACUGUCCGUCACUUUGGGGGAGUGAUGAGGAUUGCAGUGUGACUGUAUUUGUGUUUAUCUGAGUGUGUGUGUGUGUGUGUGUGUGAGCGAGUGAGAGUGUACGUGUGGGAUGAGGCUAUUUCCUCUUCCUCUGCUUUGUUUUAUUUUCCUCUCUGGGUUUCCAUUUUUCUCUCAUCCAAUGAGCAGUGUUCGUCCAUUGCUUUACGUCAUCAUUGUUAAAGUUAUUAUAAUUGUCAAUAUUAUUAUUAUUAUUAUUAUUGUAUUAUUCUUUUUGGAAUUACUGUUUUUAAAAGAUGACUAUGAUCUUUUAGAGGUAGACCUCUUGCACAGGUUUGAUUUUGUUUUGCACUGUUUUAAGGCGACUGCUUUAAAGGGGAGAGCUGUGAGUAGCGCGAGUAGCGUGGGCAGCAGCGUGUAGAGCCCCCCCACCGGCCCGCCCAGGAGCCUCCACUCCAGGCAGCUAGAGGGGGUCCUAGGAAACAAACAUGGGGUUUUUUUGUUUUUGUUUUUUGAAGUCUGAGAGACUAGUGGCCUUGUGAACUACUAGAGUUUCUAGAGUGUAAUCGUUGUUUGAAUGCAACAAGCCAGACUCCUAGACCGCUUACAGAGUGAAUGAAUUUGAUGUUUUUUUUUUCUCCCUGCAACGGAUAAAGAUAAAAAAAAAAAAAGAAACUAAACUAAUGAGCAUGAAUAUACACAGCUUUUUUGAAAUGGCAUCCUUAAGAGCCAUUUUGCAGUGGACGGUUUUGCAAGUCUUUAUAUAUAUACCUAAAUAUCUAUAUGAAUAUAUUUACUUUGAGGUAAAAACAUGAUUGGUUCAUUUGCAGAAGGUGAAAUAAUUGACCAGUUAGCUAGUAUGUGUCCAUUUCUCUGGCUUCUGCAAAUGGGUGUACAUUUACUACCAUAUUGACGUACUCAACCAAUCAGCUCUCUUUUAUUGGGUCAUAUGUAAUCCUGUGUAUGUAACCAUUUCUGAAUAUGACGAUGAGGCAUUCCAUUGGUGGAAUACUUCAGGAUGGACUGUGGUUUAUAUAGGGGGAGGCCUUCAGCUCUAGAAAUGCAGCUCUGGGGACUACAUAUUCAUAAACACACACACACACACACACACACACACACACACACACACACACACACACACACACACACAAGCAUGCUCUUAUUUUGCAAAUACACAUAAACUCAUACAUGCAUGCAUUCAUGCAUACACAUGCUGUCAUCAUGUACAUGUGCAAACACAGAUUCCAGGGCUCACAGCGAAUCUCACUCUGCAGGUUUGUGUUUUUUUCUGUCUUGCAUCAAGAAUCCAAAUUGUAUAGGUGUGUGUACACAAAAGCGGUUUGGUCACUCGCACACACAUCAGGACUUUGGUGGUGCGGUCCAACUGUGUAUGUGUAUACUCGCCUGCAAAGUGAUUUUUUUGUAUUAUUGUUAUUAUUGUUUUAGAUUUUUAUUUAAUGACUUAGUUUCAGUUUUCCAUGGGUUCUGUGUGACUGAAACCCUAGCGAUGCAGACUUGCUUGCCUGUUGUGUACGUACAUGUGGUGUUAAGCUAUGGCUAGGUUGUCAAAAUCGGUCGUUUCCACGCUGAAGGAGCCACGACUCCUAUUUAACAGGGCUGACCUCCAUAUACGACACUGGGCGUCAGUGCCCUUUGACCUCUGUGGUCACAUGACCCACCAGACUCUUGAAUGCAGAUCAUCCCAUUUGCAUCUCAUUGGUAUUCUGAUGGAGACUCUCCAUCACAGACCCCUGUGCAAUGGGGAAGCUGUAACGUGGGUAAAGUGGUCAUCCAAUUUUUUUUUAAGCAAUGGAAAAAAAUAAACUAACUGAAAUGAAA